UGAGGGGCUGCUGGGGUUGCGGGGGCAGAGGCCAUGGGCACCCCGGGGGACCUCUGCUCCCCCACCUCAUCUCUGUCUCUUGCGGGCGCAGACCGAGGCUUCGACCUCGCGUUCAGGACGGCGGACGACCCCGGCCUGUCUCUCAUCAAGUACGGCGAGUUCCUGUACGAUAACCUCAUCAUCUUCUCGCCCUCCAUAGAAGAUUUUGGAGGAAAUAUCAAUGUGGAGACCAUCACAGCUUUCAUCGAUGGAGGCGGAAGCGUCCUUGUGGCUGCCAGCUCAGACAUUGGUGACCCUCUGCGAGAACUGGGCAGUGAGUGUGGAAUAGAGUUUGAUGAGGAGCGGACAGCCGUGAUUGACCAUCACAACUACGAUGUCUCAGACCCAGGCCAGCACACGCUCAUUGUUGCAGACUCUGAAAAUCUUCUGAAGGCUCCUACAAUAGUGGGGAAGAGUCCAUUAAACCCCAUUCUUUUCCGAGGAGUUGGGAUGGUGGCUGAUCCUGAUAACCCUCUGGUACUGGAUAUCCUAACUGGCUCUUCUACCUCAUACUCCUUCUUCCCUGACAAGCCCAUCAACCAGUAUCCUCAUGCUGUCGGGAAGAACACCCUUUUGAUUGCUGGUCUCCAGGCCAGGAACAAUGCCCGUGUUGUCUUCAGUGGAUCCUUGGAUUUUUUCAGUGAUGCUUUCUUUAACUCUGCUGUGCAGAAAGCUAUGCCUGGCUCUAAGAGGUACUCCCAGACUGGUAACUAUGAGUUGGCAGUUGCCUUGUCCCGCUGGGUAUUCAAGGAAGAGGGUGUGCUGCGGGUUGGAGAAGUGUCUCACCAUCGUGUGGGAGAGAUUGCACCACCUAAUGCCUACACUGUCACUGACCUUGUGGAGUACAGCAUUGUGAUUGAGAAACUCUCUGAUGGCAAGUGGGUUCCCUUUGAUGGAGACGAUAUUCAGCUGGAAUUUGUUCGCAUUGACCCAUUUGUCAGGACUUUUCUGAAGAGAAAUGGUGGCAAGUACAGUGUACAGUUCAAACUGCCAGAUGUCUAUGGAGUUUUUCAGUUUAAAGUAGAUUAUAAUAGACUGGGAUAUACCCAUUUAUACUCCUCUACUCAGGUGUCUGUGCGUCCCCUGCAGCACACGCAGUACGAGCGUUUUAUCCCCUCCGCAUACCCGUAUUAUGCCAGUGCCUUUUCCAUGAUGGUAGGCCUCUUCUUGUUCAGCAUCGUCUUUUUGCACAUGAAAGAGAAGGAGAAAUCUGACUGAUCUCCCAGCAGGGGAAGAACCUUUGCCCAAGUCACUGCCUCCAGAUGCAGCCAGGUGGCAUGCAGGACACUGUAAAUGUUGUUUGAGGAUGAGACUCCUCAACUGGUAAGGGCCAGAUGAGCAUGGGGACUUUUUAAGACUAGGGGCUAGCAAGAAAGAGGGAGUAAAAUUUUAUGUUUGAGGGGACUCCACUGAGCUGUAAAUGAUCAAUAUGUAUUGAAAUACAGUGACAGUUUGAAUAUUGGCAUUUCAUGACAAUUUGUAAGGAACUAUUUCUUGGCUUGAUUUUAUUUUGGGGGUUUUUUCCUACCCCCUAUUGGAAUGGCUUUUGACUAAAGAUUUUUUUUUUCCCCCUUCCCCUGCCCCCAAAAAUAAAGACUUGCUCCCCUCA